CACACCCUGGACGCAGCUCUCCCUGUCUGGGGCUCACCUGAAACAGUGCAGUACAGACAGACAGACAGACAGACACACACGCGGGCAGGUAGACAGAGGAGCCGGAAGAACUAGCAGGUCGACUUGUUCUGAGUCGUUUUUCCAUAGUUACUCCUCCAGGUGUUUUUUUUUUUUAGAUCACAACUUUUUUUUGAAAAAGCGAUUUUUUUAUGACAGUGGAAGCGGCAUCGGAGGAAACAUGACCGAGCAAGGAAAGAAGAUUCUGGUCGUGGUGGAUGUUCUCUGUGUCUUUGUUGCGGCUCUGCCCUCGGCCAUCCUGACACUGAUGUUCAGCCCUUACCAGAGAGGAAUCUACUGCGAUGACAAGAGCAUCAGCUAUCCAUACAGGAGGGACACCAUCUCCCAUGGGACCAUGGCUGCUGUCACCAUCACCUGCUCCAUCGUCAUCAUCACCACAGGAGAGGCAUAUCUCGUGCACACUAAUCGUCUCCACUCCAACUCCCAGUUCAACAAGUACCUGUCCGCUCUCUACAAGGUGGUGGGCACCUUCCUGUUUGGAGCAGCCGUUAGCCAGUCGCUGACCGACCUAGCAAAGUUCACCAUAGGUCGCCCCCGUCCAAACUUCUUGGCCGUGUGCGCCCCGGUCACCUGUAACGGAUACAUGCUGCACAUCAACUGUACCGGCAGCCACCGCAACGUGACUGAAUCCAGGUUGUCCUUCUACUCUGGCCACUCGUCCUUUGGGAUGUACUGCAUGCUCUUUCUGUCGCUCUACGUCCAGGCCCGGAUGCAGGGGAAGUGGACACGGCUGGUUCGACCAACCAUCCAGUUCUUCCUGGUGGCGUUUGCCGUGUAUGUGGGAUAUACACGUGUUUCUGACUACAAACAUCACUGGAGUGACGUCCUGGUGGGGCUGCUGCAGGGAGCUCUCAUCGCUGUGCUCACUGUUCGGUAUGUGUCAGACUUCUUUAAGCAGCGACCCCCGCCGUGCACGCAGCAAGACGCACCAGAGAACGAACACCUGGAACGUAAACCGAGCCCGCAGCCUCCAGACUCGCAGCUUGGAAACCACUACAACUACUCUGGAUCUGUAUGAGCGCAUUACUGAACUUGCCACUGCUACUCUUACUAACCUGGGCCUACACUCUCUAACAGCAGCUCCGUUACCACAGUCCGUUACAACAUGUGACUGGCAGAGAACAAAAAGGAUAAAUUAACACACUGCAGUAACCACUAGCUGGAAAUUCAGACUAGACCUGCUCCACUCUGGGACUUGGGGACUUCAACAAUUUUACAGCUUUGAAAAAUUCAGAGAUUUCUAAAACCUUUUGAAACAGAAGCUCCAUCGUCUGUGUGUGUCUCUCAGUUUCGGUGUGUGUUCAAUCACGAUUUAUUUGUGGUGUGUUCUUGUGUACAUGUGAAGUGUGUUUGAAAGCGUGCAAUGAUUUUUUAUAUAUAUAUAUAUAUAUAUAUAUAUAUAUAUAUAUAUAUAUAUAUAUAUAUAUAUAUAUAUAUAUAUAUAAUUUUUUUCCCUGUUUUUUUUUUUUUUAUUCCAUGCCAAGCUUAUGCAAAGAAAGUUUCAGAUUUGUGGGGUGGAGAAUUUAUGCUGUGAGCGUGACUGAAAAGUGAGCAAAGGCUGCAACAGAGAUCUGCAAAAUUUAAAAAACGCCUACCAAAGACGUUCCUGUCCUUGGAGUGACAAAACCUUGGAGGCUAAAUGUUUUCUACUUUGUUACAGCCAGAUAAGACUGUUGCUGUUUACCUACACUGGAGUUAGAUUAUAUCUGCCUGUCCUUCAGACUUUUAUCUGUAUUUUAGUCCAUAUUUUAGUGUCGUCUGAAAGUAUGCAUGUGUAAUGAUGGACUGCUUUUACUGUCUUACCAUGUAUAGUCCUAACAUGUUUAUUUUGUUUAUAAUUACUCUAAUAAAUAGUGUACCUUUCAAGGAUGCUUUA